AUGUUUAGCCCCAGCGUCCCGGGCUGCCUGCGCAGGCCGGGUGGCUGUGCGGUACAGGGCUCCAGGUUCAACUCAUCCAACGUGUUCCCGGAUGAGGUGCUGAAUUUUGUGAAGACACACCCCCUGAUGGAUGAGGCUGUUCCUUCAUUGGGGCAGAGGCCCUGGAUAGUGAAGACCAUGGUCAGGUACCAGCUGAAUAAGAUGGUGGUGGACACAGAGGCGGGACCGUACCGGAACCAGACGGUGCUCUUCCUGGGCUCCACCAAGGGGACCAUCCUCAAGUUCCUCAUGAUCCCCGGGCCCCGCGAUCGCUCCGUCGCCGGCGGCAACAUCUUCCUGGAGGAGCUGGACGGCUUCAACCGAGAAAAGUGCGGUGAGGACUCUCCCCAGGCUCGGCAGCUGCUGUCGCUGACCCUGGACCGGCCCGGCCACUCGCUGCUGCUGGCCUUCCCGUCCUGCGUGGUCCGGGUUCCGGUCGCUCGCUGCCAGCUCUUCUCCCGCUGCAUGAAGAACUGCAUCGCGUCGCGGGACCCGUACUGCGGCUGGACCCGCGGCAGCACCUGCUCCCUCCUGCGGCCGGGAACCAGGCUGCCGUUCGAGCAGGACGUGGAGCACGGGAACACCUCCCACCUCGGCGACUGCGACGGGCUCCUGCAGGAGAGCUUAAUGGAGGAACCCGAGGGGCUGGUGACCAUCAACCUGCUGGUGGUGUCCGCAGUCUCCGCCUUCGCCACCGGGGCGGUGCUGUCGGGCCUGGCCGUCUGCUGGAUCAUGGGCCGCAAGCACCGGCGCCGGUCCCGCGGGGGCGGGGGGCGAGGGGGCGGGCCCGGGGGGGGGCGGCGCAAAGGCGAGAAGGAGCAGGGCAUGCUGGGACAGGGCGGGGCGGGCUCGGUGGCCAGCGUGUCGCGGCACAGCGGGGGAGGCGGAGACAGGCCGCGGUCCCAGGCCGACGCCCUGUUCGACAUGUCCAACGGCUGGACCAAGGCAGGGGACCUGGACCCGGGCCUGCUGCCCACGCCCGAGCAGACCCCCCUGCAGAAGAAGCGCCCCCCUCCGGGCAUGCGCCUCUCCGAAUCGGGCUGGGACCAGAGCCAGACCUUCCUGGGACCCCCGCCUCACUCCUCCUCCUCCUCCUCCAUCUACCUGAGCUCCAAGCUCUUGCAGGGGGGCGGGGUCCGGAGGGAGGAGCCCGGCGACCCCCCGCAGCACUACCUGGCCCUGGCGCGGCAGCGGGAGCGGGAGCAGGUGGGACGGGGAGGAGGGGGGGCCCUGCGGAACUCGGCGGGGGAGUACGCCUACCCGGCCACGCCCCAGGACACGCCCGACCGACGGAGGGUGGUGUCGGCCCCCAGCACCCAGCAGGACUACGGCGAGGCCCUGCGGUGGGCCCACGAGGGCUUCGGAUUCGCCCCGCCCGGCCACGCCCACGUCCCGCCCGGCCACAGCCACGGCCACGCCCCAGUCCCGCCGGUCCAUCACCACUAUGGCCCCGCCCCCACGGGCCUGACGCGGGCGGGGCUGCAUGGCCCCCGGGGGCUGGGGGACCUGGCCGACCUGGGCCACCUCCUCAGCAAGGCCACCAGCGAGCGGACUCCGACCGGCCAGUGAGGAGGAGGAGGAGGAGGAGGAGGAGGAGGGGGAUGAUGAAGAGGCUUCUCCUUGGACGCAGAGGAGGGUAGCCACGCCACCUCUCCCGCCCACCCCAACUUCUCAUCGACGCCAACCCCAACCCUCCACAUCUCCAAUGGCCAGACUCUCUCUCUCUCUCUCUCUCUCCGUUGGGAGACACUUUCUCUCUUUCUCCAAUGGCCAGACUUCUUCUCUCUCUUUCUCUCUCGCUCUCUCUCUGUUGUAUCGCUUUUUUCGGGGAAAGAACACCGGCAGGAGGAUUUUUAAAAAAAGGAGACUGGCGGAGAGAAGAGAGAGAAAACAGGAGAGCAGCUUUGCUGGCGAUUGAGAGUGUGGCGGUAAAAUGCCCCCCCCCCCUCCCCCGAACCCCCAGCUCCCGCUCAGAUAACACUGUUCGGUUGGGGGGGGGCACGGGGACGGGACGGUUCUGUUCAUCCCCAGACAGUGCCGACGGUCACGCUCGCCUCUCCGAGGUUUACAGGCGGAUUUAAAAGAGGGCGCAGCCGCGCGUCCCGCCGGCGUGGCGGCUGAUAGCGCGGAUCUUCGG